UCAUCCCUAGACGGAAUGUGCACACAAUGUAUUCGAUAGCAAGCGGUUUACUACUACUUCAGCUAAUUUCAUUUGCUUUGGGAGUUCCUCCCUUAGUAAGAGUUGGCGCCAUAUUUUCAAACCAGAACGGAAAACAUAACUCGGAGUUGGCGUUUAGAUACGCAAUUCACAAGUUAAACUUAGACAAAAGUCUUUUGCCUGAGACUACCGUUGAAUACUACAUUGAAUAUGUUAACCGAUUUGACUCCUUUGAGACAGUUCAAAAGGUGUGCAAGCUGGUACAUGUUGGUGUUCAAGCUGUAUUUAGUCCAACUGAUGCGGCUUUGGCGACUCAUAUAAAUUCGAUUUGUGAUGCCUUGGACAUUCCGAGUAUAGGCCGAUCUGCUCAUGAUUUUUCCAUUAACGUGUAUCCGUCCCAGCAGUAUGUCAAUCAAGCCUUUAUUGAUGUAAUACAUUAUCUGAAUUGGACCCGCUUCGGAAUUUUGCACGAAAAAAAUUUCGGAAUUAUUAACCUACAUCAGCUAUCCCGCUCUCUUCAGGGUGAAGUACACAUGCGACAAGUUUCUCAAGGGUCUUAUCUGUCUGUAUUGAACGAAUUUAAAAGCAAGGAAAUUCACAAUAUUAUUAUUGAUACAAACUCGGACGGUAUAUCAAUUUUAUUAAAAAAUAUAUUACAGCAGCAAAUGAAUGAAUACAAAUACCAUUAUUUGUUUACCAGUUUUGACUUGGAAACGUAUGAUCUGGAAGAUUUUAAAUAUAAUUUUGUAAACAUAACAUCGUUUCGAUUGGUCGACAUAGGAGAUGUUAGCGUAAAGCAGAUUUUGAAAGAUAUUGGAUCCUAUAGUCACCAUAUGUUUCAAAAUCCUUAUGUUAAUCGUCAUUUAAGAAAAUCUGUUUCUAUUGAGUCAGAGCCAGCCCUAAUGUUCGAUUCUGUCUACGUUUUCGCGAUUGGCUUACAGACAUUAGAUCAAUCAAACACUUUGAAUCUACCGAACUUGACUUGCGAUGAGGAAAUUCCGUGGAACGGAGGCCUCAGCCUAAUUAAUUAUGUAAAUGCGGUUGAAUGGAAAGGUUUGACCGGUCCUAUUCAAUUUAAAGAAGGCCAGCGCGUGCAGUUCAAAUUGGAUCUAAUAAAAUUAAAACAGCACUCAAUUGUAAAAGUUGGCGAAUGGACACCACAUGGACAUCUUAAUAUUACCGAACCAUCAAUGUUUUUUGAUUCUGGUUCCAUGAAUGUGACACUGGUAGUCAUAACAAUACUGGAAACUCCUUAUGUAAUGAUGCAUUACGAAAAAAACUUUACCGGCAACGAACGAUUUUAUGGCUUUUGCGUUGAUAUAUUGGAAACCAUUUCUCACGAGGUUGGGUUUGAUUAUAUACUGGAUUUGGUACCCGAUAGGAAGUAUGGUGCCAAAGAUCCAGCAACUGGUGAAUGGAACGGAAUGGUCGCUCAGCUGAUGAAAUAUAAGGCGGACUUGGCCGUUGGCUCUAUGACCAUUACAUAUGCAAGAGAAAGCGUCAUUGAUUUUACUAAACCAUUUAUGAAUUUGGGUAUUAGCAUUUUAUUUCAGGUCCCUACCUCAGAGCCAACCAGACUGUUUUCUUUUAUGAAUCCACUGGCUAUAGAAAUCUGGAUAUAUGUUCUGAAUGCAUACUUCUUGGUAUCUAUUUGUAUAUAUAUUGUGGGAAAACUUUCGCCUAUCGAAUGGAGGUACAUUCAUCCAUGCGACUUAGAUAAUAUUUCAAUAGGCAACCAGUUUUCCCUAUCUGACAGUUUUUGGUUUACCAUUGGAACGCUUAUGCAACAGUCAACCGAUAUUUAUCCGAGAGCAAUAUCAACCCGAAUAAUAAGCAGUAUUUGGGGUUUCUUUUCUCUAAUUAUUGUGGCAUCUUACACGGCUAAUCUAGCUGCUUUUCUAACCACUGAACGUAUGAUUAACCCUAUCGAAAACGCAGAAGAUUUGGCCUCUCAAACCGAGAUAUCUUACGGCACUUUAGACAGUGGAUCUACGAUGACUUUUUUUAGGGACUCAAUGAUAGAAACUUACAAAAAAAUGUGGAGGAGUAUGGAUAAUAAGAAACCAACUGCGUUUACCACUACAUAUGAGGAUGGGAUAAAGCGAGUUAAUCAGGGUAAUUAUGCCUUCUUGAUGGAAUCUACAAUGCUUGAUUAUAUAGUGCAGCGAGACUGUAAUUUGACGCAAAUUGGAGGAUUGUUGGAUACGAAAGGGUAUGGUAUAGCAACGCCAAAAGGUUCGCCUUGGCGAGAUAAAAUUUCUUUGGCGAUACUUGAGCUUCAGGAAAAGGGAGAUAUUCAAAUGUUGUAUGACAAAUGGUGGAAAAACACUGAUGAAACGUGUACCCGGAGAAGCACAAGCAAACAAUCUAAAGCGAAUGCCCUUGGACUUGAAAGCAUAGGUGGUGUGUUUGUAGUACUAAUAGCUGGAAUAUUUGUGGCUGCGGUUGUUGCGUUUUUCGAGUUUUGGUUCAACUUUCGGUGCCACGAUAAAGCUAGACCAAUCCAUCCGGGCGUCAAUCAUGACCAAGGAGUGAUUCUUGAAAGCGAAUGGACUUAUACACCACUGAACCGUUGCUUUUGGAUCGAAAUUUUCGAAGAACUCCGCUUUGCAUCAUGGUGUAUGAACAAGCAAAAGCGACCUGAACUUAAUCGAGUUUGCAGUGAAUGUAAGAUUCCACAAAAACCAAUUUAACGAUAUUAACCACAUUUAAUAGGAAUCGUAUGUUUAUUAUACCCUUGCAGAGGGUAUUAUAAUUUUGGUCAAAAGUGUGCAACGCAGUGAAGGAGACAUCUCCGACCCUAUAAAGUAUAUAUAU